AUGAGAUGAGGCGAAGGCUCCCGAAGAGCCGCCGGGAAAGCUUGCGAAGACACUGGAACACCUGCGAACUCUCUCCCUCUUCUUGCAGGCGAUCCAUCCACUGCUUGCUCUCAUAUAAAGCAAGCAAGCAAGCAAGCAAGCAAUCUCCAUCGGCGUGUCAGGAAACAAAGCAAGCAAGCAAGCAUCGCACGAACGAUCCAUCCAUUCAUCGCCUCUCUCUGUCUCUCUUUCAGCAACAAGAAAGUCUCGUAGGUAGAGAUCAGAGCAAGCACAAGCAGAAGCAGGGCAAUCAAUCAUGGCGUCUGCGGACGUGCACAUGGCCGGCGGCGGCGCGGAGACGGAGACCUUCGCGUUCCAGGCCGAGAUCAACCAGCUGCUCUCCCUCAUCAUCAACACUUUCUACUCCAACAAGGAGAUCUUCCUCAGGGAGCUCAUCUCCAACGCAUCAGAUGCGCUUGACAAGAUCCGGUUCGAGAGCCUGACGGACAAGUCGAAGCUGGACGCGCAGCCGGAGCUCUUCAUCCGGCUGGUCCCAGACAAGGCAACCAAGACGCUGUCCAUCAUCGACUCCGGCGUGGGGAUGACCAAAUCCGACCUCGUCAACAACCUGGGCACCAUCGCGCGGUCAGGCACCAAGGAGUUCAUGGAGGCGCUGGCGGCGGGCGCCACCGACGUGUCCAUGAUCGGCCAGUUCGGGGUCGGCUUCUACUCCGCCUACCUCGUCGCCGACAAGGUCGUCGUCACCACCAAGCACAACGACGACGACCAGUACGUCUGGGAGUCUCAGGCCGGUGGCUCCUUCACCGUCACGCUCGACACCACCGGGGAACGGCUUGGUCGCGGCACCAAGAUCACGCUGUUUCUCAAGGACGAUCAGCUCGAGUACCUCGAGGAGCGACGCCUCAAGGAUCUCGUCAAGAAGCACUCGGAGUUCAUCAGCUACCCCAUCUACCUCUGGACCGAGAAGACCACCGAGAAGGAGAUCAGCGACGACGAGGAUGACGAGGACAAGAAGGAGGGCGACGUCGAGGAGGUUGACGACGACGACGGCGACAAGGACGACAAGGACUCCAAGACGACGAAGAAGAAGAAGAAGGUGAAGGAGGUGACGCACGAGUGGGUGCAGAUCAACAAGCAGAAGCCCAUCUGGCUGCGAAAGCCCGAGGAGAUCACGCGCGAGGAGUACGCCUCCUUCUACAAGUCGCUGACCAACGACUGGGAGGACCACCUCGCCGUGAAGCACUUCGCCGUGGAAGGGCAGCUGGAGUUCAAGGCCAUCCUGUUCGUGCCCCGCCGCGCGCCAUUCGACCUCUUCGACACCCGCAAGAAGCUCAACAACAUCAAGCUCUACGUCCGCCGCGUCUUCAUCAUGGACAACUGCGAGGAGCUCAUCCCGGAGUGGCUGGGCUUCGUCAAGGGCGUCGUCGACUCCGACGACCUGCCGCUCAACAUCUCCCGCGAGACGCUGCAGCAGAACAAGAUCCUCAAGGUGAUCCGCAAGAACCUCGUCAAGAAGUGCAUCGAGAUGUUCUUCGAGAUCGCCGAGAACAAGGACGACUACGCCAAGUUCUACGACGCCUUCUCCAAGAACAUCAAGCUGGGCAUCCAUGAGGACUCGCAGAACCGCGCCAAGCUCGCCGACCUGCUCCGCUACCACUCCACCAAGAGCGGCGACGAGAUGACGAGCCUCAAGGACUACGUCACGCGCAUGAAGGAAGGGCAGAAGGACAUCUACUACAUCACCGGCGAGAGCAAGAAAGCCGUCGAGAACUCGCCGUUCCUGGAGCGGCUCAAGAAGAAAGGAUACGAGGUGCUCUUCAUGGUGGACGCCAUCGACGAGUACGCCGUCGGGCAGCUCAAGGAGUACGACGGCAAGAAGCUGGUGUCGGCCACCAAGGAGGGUCUCAAGCUCGACGACGACGACGAGGAGGCCAAGAAGCGCCGGGAGGAGCGCAAGAAGCAGUUCGAGGAUCUCUGCAAGGUGAUCAAGGACAUCCUUGGUGACCGCGUCGAGAAGGUGGUGGUGUCGGACCGCAUCGUCGACUCGCCGUGCUGCCUCGUCACCGGCGAGUACGGCUGGACGGCCAACAUGGAGCGGAUCAUGAAGGCGCAGGCGCUGCGGGACAGCAGCAUGAGCGCCUACAUGUCCUCCAAGAAGACCAUGGAGAUCAACCCGGACAACGGCAUCAUGGAGGAGCUCCGGAAACGCGCCGAGGCCGACCGGAACGACAAGUCCGUCAAGGACCUCGUGCUGCUGCUCUUCGAGACGGCGCUGCUCACCUCCGGGUUCAGCCUCGACGACCCCAACACGUUCGCCGCGAGGAUCCAUAGGAUGCUCAAGCUCGGCCUCAACAUUGACGAGGAUGCUGCUGCCGACGAGGACGCUGACAUGCCUGCGCUUGAAGAGGGCGCCGCCGAGGAGAGCAAGAUGGAGGAGGUCGACUGAUGAGGGGUCUGUCCGUUUGAGGUAGAUCCUUCAUCCAUCCUGCCAAAAUCGAUCGAUCGAUGAGGGUGAUGCCUCUGCUUUGUGUGUCUCUGCGUGUGGGUCCAUCAAGUGUCACUGUUGGUACAGCAGGUCACAGUAUUCAGUAGUAGUAGCUUACCAUGUCUUGUGUCUUGUUCGUGUCACAUUUCGGAUCCGCUGUGUCAUGCCAAUGCUGUGGAACAUAAUAUAAUAAUAAUAUACUCCUGUGAGUUCUCUGCUUC